AAUUUCAACGUGCGCGCUCACAUGAUUUUGUGCGUCAGCUGGUACGUUGCUCGCAUUAUAGUUCUGUCUCUAUACGAGAUUUGUUUUCAAAUGGAGGAGUCUUUGAUAUUCCCUAUGGGACCAGGAAUACUCAAAGUACGUGACUGUAGCGUCAAGCCUGACCGAAGCGAUUCGAUGUCACCUGCGUGGUUUGAAUCAAGUUUACGUUCCUAGGGGCUAAAAAGGUUUUCGUGUUUUAACGACGCGGGGUAGUUCUCCCACCGGCUUCAUUAGCUUAGCGGGCUAGCAUACGAGCAAACAGCUGUUGUGCGCUAUUGGAGAUGCGUUGAAAGGUGUUGUGGAGGUGUUUUAUUUGGGUUUGUUUGCAGCGCCUAGUAACAUGAAUUCCGGUAGUAGUUGUAGUCCAGCAGUGUUAGCUUGUCUGAGGUGAAGUCUCUGCUCAGUUAGUUAUGAGCAGUUUCAAUCAGAACCUCCGCAUAAGCUCUUCUUUCAGCGCAGACGGGAAGGGUCCGGCGGUCAGCGCUGACACCGGGAACAAGGACUGGGUUCUGGGAAGCGAUGUGUUUUCCUGCUGUCACGAGUUGAGCCUCGUGGACGACUCGAUGCAGGCGGGGAUGUCGUCGGUCCAACAGGGACUGGACGGACACCUGCCGCUAAUACGCGCUCAGAACCACGGCUCCCAGGAUGGCAUAUUUUUCGAGCUGGGCUCCCCGGAGGAGGACUACCUGGACGGCAGCCCGUUAGAGUUCAGGGACAGCGACGCGAACGGCGUUGGCCCGUUGUUCGAGAGGAGGAAGAGGUCUCGGUCCAACAGCUCCAGACACAGGUUCAACGAGGUGGUCACGGAGCUAGUUCCGGAGGAGGUUCGGUGGUUCUACAAAGAGGACAAGAAAACAUGGAAGCCGUUUAUCGGACACGACUCUCUUAAAAUCGAGCUAAUGUUUCGGAAAUACUGCGAACUGAACCCUGGUGCGGUAUGCUCCCGGGUAGGCGGCGGAGAUGAGGAGACUAGCGGUAAAUGUGUGGACAGCCCGGGGCAGAACGGCUCCGUGCCCGUGGACACUGGGACUAGCAGCGUGGACGAAGGCCGUGGCUCUCUGGACACAUCUACCGUGUCCUUCGAUGGGAGCGAUCCGGACGGCACCGAAAUCAACGUAGAGCCUGUAUGUGUUCGGGGAGGCCUCUAUGAGGUCGACGUAAAGGAGAGAAAAUGCUACCCUGUCUACUGGAAGCAACAAGACCAUAUUCCUGUGAUGAGAGGCCAGUGGUUUAUCGACGGUACCUGGCUCCCGUUGGAGGAAGAGGAGAGUGACCUCAUCGAGCAGGAGCACCUGAACCAUUUCCGAGGCCAACAUGUGCAGGACACCUUUGAGACGGAUCUGGUGGUCAAGACCGUUGAUAGCAAAGAUGUUCUCUCCCACCUGCCCCCUUUCUAUCUCCCGUUCCUGUUCAAAUGGAGUGGAUAUCAGACGGGUGCUAAAACUGCAGGUCACAAGCGCAAACGCUGCCAAGCCAUCCACCAUUUGAAGCUGAGCCGCACACAUGUGGACUGGCACAGCGUGGAGGAGGUCUACCUUUACAGCGACGCUACCACGUCAAAAAUUGCUCGCACUGUUACCCAGAAACUGGGCUUCUCCAAAGCCUCAAGCAGCGGCACGCGGCUCCAUCGAGGUUAUGUAGAGGAGGCCUCCCCAGAGGACCGACCCCCUCAGACUACCCAUGUCGUGUUUGUGGUGCACGGGAUUGGCCAGAAGAUGGACCAGGGCCGCAUUAUUAAAAACACUGGAAUGUUGAGGGAAGGUGUACGGAAGAUGGAGGAGAAGCAUUUUUCUGAGCACAACGACGAACACGUAGAGUUUCUUCCUGUUGAGUGGCGUUCUAAACUAGCACUGGAUGGAGAUACGGUCGAGUCAAUCACGCCAGACAAAGUGCGAGGACUGCGAGACCUUCUCAACAGCAGUGCCAUGGACAUCAUGUACUACAACAGUCCUCUCUAUCGUGACGAAAUAACCAAGGGGCUUACAGAAGAGCUGAACAGACUGUACUCACUCUUCUGCUCGCGGAACCCUGACUUUGAGGAAAGGGGUGGAAAAGUGUCCAUCGUGUCUCACUCCCUUGGCUGUGUCAUCACCUAUGACAUUAUGACAGGAUGGGAUCCCGUACGGUUCUGUCUGCAAGAGCAUUGCGCCGUAGAGGAGGAGCAGGAUUUCCGCUGGAUGUCUUUUGAGGAGCGGCAGCUUUUAGAGGAGCUGAGGCUCACAAAGAAUAGGUUGAGAGAGUUGGAAAAUCAGCUGGUCAAACUGGAGGCCUCUAAUCCUUCAGCCCCCCCAGCUCUUAAAUUCAAGGUAGAAAACUUUUUCUGCAUGGGGUCUCCUUUAGCAGUUUUUUUGGCCCUGCGAGGAAUUCGUCAAGGUGCCAGCGGCCACCAGGACCACAUCUUGCCCACCUCCAUCUGCAGCAGGCUCUUCAACGUCUUCCAUCCCACAGACCCUGUGGCUUACAGACUGGAGCCCCUCAUCCUUAAACAUUAUAGCAACGUUGCACCUGUCCAGAUACAUUGGUGUAGCGCCACUAACCCUUCAUCCUAUGAUGAGAUCCGGCCUACUUUCCUCAACCCGGUCAAAGAUCCAGCUUCAGACACGGAGAGUAUUCCCAGCCCAAGUACUUCUCCUGUCCUGGCCCGUAAACACUAUGGGGAGUCCAUCACCAGCCUGGGCAAGGCCAGCAUACUAGGUGCAGCAAGCAUAGGAAAGGGGCUGGGAGGCAUCCUCUUCUCACGGUUUUCCCGCUCAAACAGCCAACCUUCAGUGUCUUUAGGAGCGGAUGGAGGAGCGAACGCCGAAGAAGAGGAGGAGAAGCGCACAGAAAGCCAGUCAUCAUACGGUCUUUCCUCCAUAACUCGGCCGACCUCUCCCACUGGGGAGACAUUAUUGGAGCUGGAGAGGCGCAUCGACUUUGAGUUGCGGGAGGGUCUGGUGGAGAGCCGCUAUUGGUCGGCGGUGACCUCCCACACUGGAUACUGGUGCUCACAUGAUAUUGCACUCUUUUUGCUGACCUUUAUAUAUAAUAAGUCAACAACGUCUGCCCCAGCAGAAGACACUCCUGAACCAGACUGAGGCACACAGACACCUGAGUGGUGUCCUGUAACUCAUAAAGAUUUUGUAAUUUCUUGACAAAACUCAAAAAGUGACAGUUUCAUUUUAUUUAUUUUUUUCUCUUCCAACCUUUCAAUCACACAAACAAUUAACAUAUCCUUCAUUAUUUUGAUCUAUGAUCCAGUUCCAUUUGCGAGUCAUUGAUAAGAAAACCUCAUUCCGAGAUGUAGCCAUUGACGGACCAGGAGCCCUGACAGAGGGACACUCUGUGCCAGUUCGACCGCUCCUUAAAACGUUAACAUGGAAGAAGAGGCAGUUAUCCCAAAACAUGGAGGUUCCUCAACCAUCAGAACAGCACCUCCUCCCAACAUUGAGUCUGUUCAUCUCAUUUGGUUGUUAAUGUUCAUCAGCCCAUCUCCUCUGCAGACAUUCACUCUGGAGCCUUCUGAUGUUCUUAUAAAAGAAAUACGAUUGUUACAAAAAAGGUUUUUUUUUUUUUUCAUUAAACAUUCAGUCAAAAUGUGAAAAACCUAUUGCUUACAUGGGAACUCGAUGCCUUUUGAAAUCAGCCCAAAAAUGUUACUAAUAUAAUAUUUUCACACAAAAUAGGGCAUAAUCCCUUUAAUAAUAUUGGCAAUAUGUGUUUUAUGCAGUUGUUUGCUUUCGAUUUUUUUAAGACCAGUAAGAUUUGAAAGGCAUAAACCAAAUACAACCUCAGCUCAGCUUAUUGUGUACUUUAUAGCUGAGUAAAAUGUUUUAUUAGUUGCCAUAAAAAAUGCACGUUAAGUUUGGGGAAAAUGUCUUUCAAAAGUUGCAGCUAAACAUUCUCCUUUUAAAUUCCAUGUUACUUUCAGAUGUGCAGCCUUUUAAACAAGGGAGGCAUAUCGUUAUUUCCUUACACUUUAUUGAUAUGAAUUAUAGUGGGAAACACUUGAGGGUGUGAUUUACAUGAGUUUUACUGAAAGCAGUCAUUGCUCAACUGAAAUCUACGCUUCUUUGUUAGUAUUAAGUUAUGGAGAUACUUCUGAUUGUCCUUAUCUUUGCCUACAUGUUUUUUAUUGAUGUCCAAAUGAAAUGAAUGGCUCUAGAUGUAUUUUUAGUGGAAAACAGAAAUAUUUCAUGAUUUUCAGGCGCCUGCAAAUAUAAACCUGAAUCUCAUCAUAUGAAAAGUUGGAUUCAAACUUGUGGCCAAAUAGCAUGAAGGUGUCCAGUUAGUUUGCUGCUGUAGUAAAGCUACUGCUUAUAAUUGACGAAGUGUGAAAUUUCAAGGAAAAAACAAAUCUAUUUGUUGAUGUGUUUGGAGGACAUCGCAUACAUGUUGUUUCUCCACCUUUUCUGAUACCAAUGUGCACUUUUUCCCCUUUGGGCAAAUGUUAUAUUUAUGUUUCUUUAUUCAUGAAAAUAUCCAGCUGCAGUCAAAUAGACAAAUGAAAAGAAUAAUUGCUUGUAUGGCACCUCUUAGAUUUAUUCCAAAAAACAUUGACAAGCAAAAAAAGCCAAUGAUGAAUAAUUUUUUGUUUUCUAAAAAUGUUUAUCUGUGAUUUGUAGGUGCAAACAUAGAAGAAAAAAAAGCAAGCAAAAGAUCCUAAAUUAAUUUCACUUUAAUGUUGAACCCCAGUAUGAUUUCUGCAGAAACUAGAAUGCUUUUGCACUUUGCAUGGUCUCAGAUAAAAAAUAAUGAACGUUGGAACAAUUAAAAUAGUGCUGUGUGCCAACACACAUCUAAGAAUUUUUUAAUACUGCAAAAACAACUCAUUUGAAACACUAGCACUGGAUGAAGAAGUGAUCUUGAUACUGCUCACAGAGUUACAUUAAAAAGUGUCAAUUUAAUGUAUCCAUUUUUAUUGUAUUAUCACACAGGCACAUCUUAAUGAAUUGCAAUAUCAAUAGGGUUAUGUAUUUUGAGUCAUUCACUACUAAAGGUGACACGUGGAUUAAUUGCACACAGUGAUGUAUUUGGUACUUUGCAUGGUUAUGGUUUACAGCUAAUGAAAAUUUGAAUAUCACAUAAGGCCAGGUUAAAAAAACAAUUGUUAGAGAAAUGUCAGCCCACUAGACCAUGUACUGUACUGUGUUUUAACUCACUACUGCUUCACUACGGUGUGGCAUGGAGACCAAUCUUCUUCACAAUAGCCCAAAGAAUAUUUAGUUGGUUUGUGUGGGGAGUUUACUGGCCAACCAAGCAGAGGGAUACUAUGCUCAUUAACCCAGGUAUUGGUACCUUUGGAAGUGUGUGCAGGUUCCAAGGCUUCUGCUGGAAAAAUAAAAUCAGCAUCUCCAUAAAGCUUGGCAGCACAGGGAAGCAUGAGGUGCUCUAAUAUCUCCUCGUAGACUGCUGCGAUGACUUUGGACCUGAUCAAAAGUGGACCAGCACUAGAAGGUGACACAUUGCUCACUGUGGAAACUUCACCCUGGACCUCAAGCAAGUUGGAUUCUCCGACUCGCCACUCUUCGUCCAGACUCUGGAAUUGAUUUCCACAUGAAAUGCGAACUUUACUUUGAUCUGAAAAUAGGACUUUGGACCACUGUACAAGACUACAGUCCUGUUUUGUAAUGCUUUUGACUUGGUUUCUGUUUCAAAAGUAGCUUAACACAAAGAAUGCAAUAGUAAUAUGCCUAUAGACACAUCUCUGUGGGAUGGCUCUUGAAGCACUAACUCCUGUUGCAGUCUAUUCAUGAAUCUCCCCCAGACUCUUGAAUGGGCUUUGCUUCACAAUCCACAAGGGCUGCGGGUAUCCCUGAUGCUUGAGCACCUUUUUCUACCUGUUUUUCCUUCCACUUAACUUUCCAUUGAUUUGCUUAGAUACAUAACUUUGUGAUCAGCCAGCUUCUUUAGCAAUAAACUUGUGUGACCUGCCCUCUGUGGAGGGUGUCGUUGACUACCGCCUGGAAAACUUCAAGUCAGCACUCUUAACCAUGAUUGUGACUGAAUUUUGGCUGUUUAUUAGUUGUAAGCCAUAAUAAUCAAAAUGAACACAAUUAGAGAUCUGAAAUAUAUCACUCUGUGUGUAAUACAUCUAUAUACGAAUUUCACUUUUUGAAUUUGAUUAAUGAAGUAAAUUACUUUUCGAUGGGGGAAUAACUUUGAGAUGCAUAUGUUGUAAAAAAGGAGCUCAUUUUAAUUUUUGUUUGGUGUAAACAGCAGCAUCACCUUAAGGCUGUUUGCUCCACUACUGAGUAGAAUCAGUUUAUUAUAGAUGUAUAAUGACUGUUACAUUUGCAAAGGCCAAUUUGCUAAAACCAUUCUGCCUUGAAGAGCUGACGUUCUAGACAAGCAAGACUGGUGCUUUAACUGCGAUAAAUAAGGCAGGGUCAUCCAAGAUGGUUCUCUAAUUUGAUCUGUUGGAAAUCGCACAAUCAUGAGCUAAGAAUUGCACAGAAACUUUACUAAAAAUAAAGUUAUUUUCAUUUUUUUCUAAGCAUUAUGUAACAUUGCAGACUACAUGCAGGAAGCUAAUAUCAGUUUAUAGAAAUGCAGUUUUACUCUGGCCCUCAUUCACGCAGUGAAACAAAUCUGUACUUCAAUAUCAACAAAGCAUUGUAAAAAAUUCCACACGAUGGAGCUAAAUAUAUGUGCAAACUGGCACAUUUUACAUUCUUUCAGUUCAGCCCAGAUCUCCUUACUCUGAUUGCUGAGAAGCUACAUGCUUACAGAAAAGCGAGUUUUGGCUAACAUACAAUGCAACUUUGACUACACGUCCAGUUAAUGUACAGCUUUUUUGACUGAUGACAGUAUAUUUUUCCUAGUAAAGGCAUCGAGGAAUUGUCUGCUGUUACGUGUUUGAAUUUCCACUUUGGUUGGAUGCUAGAUUGAAGCCAUCUUUGAUUAUGAUCCAGCACAGAUGUUUUUUGUUGUUUUUUUUUUUUGUAAGACUAGCAACUUAAUAAAGAAGUUGCAUAUGGUUUGCAUACCUAUAUAAGAUGACAACUGAAAGAAACAUUUAAAUCGACAGUUGGUUCAAAUUAAAGGUUAUUCUGAUGCCAGGAAAAGGUGUUUCUGUUCUUAGAGCUGUGCAAUAACCCAUGCCUGUAAUGGAUUCUAACUGCCAUUCAAAGCACUGUAUUUAUUUCCUUUUAUUAAAUCAUUUACUUUUCUCA